UGAAAGGGUUAUGAUUUUAUCUCUGUUCGUAUUGCAAACCGAAGGCAACCUUGAUUUUAAGAAGAGCCAAAUGUUAAAAAUAUUAAAAGUUAUAUCAAAAUAAAAUGAAAUUAAAUGUGAUUUUUUAAAAUAUUGUGAUAAGUUUUACACAUAAACCAAUGUAUGUUGAGUGAUCAAUUUUGUUUAGGAAAAAAAAUGACUUCGCAAAAAUUUUUAUUCAUUUUAUAUUUUUGGGCAAUUUGCGGAAUAUGUCAAUAUACCGCAAAUAUUGUACAAGAACAAGGAUCCAGUCCAGCAACGAAUUAUAAAUUAACUUCCGAAAAACCACCACCGUUUAGUGGUGUUGAAGGCUGUAAUGAUGAUAUUGCUUGUCUUACAAUGGCAUCACAUGAUCGACUUGGUCUGGAAGCUAUCAAGUCACUUCAUCAACAGUUGGAUGACGAUGCCAAUGGAGCUGUUGAUUUAUCAGAAUCAGAUGAUUUUUUGCGAGAAGAAUUAAAAUAUGCAUCUGAUUAUGAACGACGUCAAAAAGCAUUUCACUACAAUGAUGAUACCCAUGUCUCUGUUCGAGAACUGUGGGAAGCUUGGUUGAGAUCCGAAGUACAUAAUUGGACUGUGGAACAAACAUCGGAAUGGCUUGCGAUGCAUGUAGAACUGCCGCAAUAUGUACCAACGUUUAUACAACACAGGGUUACAGGUGCCACCUUACCGAGGGUGUUCACUUUCCAGAAAUUCAGGGAUAGUCAGGGAAAUAUCAGGGGAAUUCAAGGUGGUCAGGGAAAACUUGCAGUACAUAAUAUGCAUUAUUUAAGUAAUGUAUUAGGCAUUAAAGAUCCAAUACACAAACAAAAAAUUUCAUUAAAGGCAAUGGAUGUUGUACUUUUUGGACCACCAAAAGAUAGUUCACAUCAUUGGAAAGAUUGGAUUUUAGUGUCAUUAUUAAUUGGUGCAUUAACUGGAUGUUACUAUACAUAUAAACAACAUACAAAUUCACGUAAACAUUUAAAUAGAAUGAUGCGUGACAUGGAGAGUUUACAUAAAGCUGAAAUAGAUUUAGAAAAUUUACAAAAAGAAUUAGAACGUGCACGUUUGGAACAAGAGAGUGUUACAACGGAAAAACAAAAUUUAGAGAAACGAUUACAAGAAGCUGGUGGUGAUAAUACAAAUUUACAUACUUCAUAUUCAGAUUUAGAAGUAUCACAAUUAAAAGCUGAAAUUGAGAUGCUACGAGGUGAAUUACAAAGAGCUGAAGGUGAAUUAGAAGAUCGAUGUUGGUCUGCUCCAAUUGGAUUACAACAUUGGCUACAAUUAACACAUGAAUUAGAAAAUAAACAGUACAUUAAAAAGAAAAUGGCUGCGGAAAAGCAAUUACAACAAGCUAGAGAAGCGUGUGAAAAAUUACGGAAGAAACGUACAAGUUUAGUUGGAGCAUUUGUUUCUACACAUGGAAAAAGUAUUGAUGAUGUUGAUCGAAGUAUAGUUGAAGCACGUACCUCAUUAAAUGAAGUUACUCAAGAAUUACAAGAACGUGUUCAUCGAUGGAAACAAAUUGAACUUCUAUGCGGUUUUAGUAUUAUUAACAAUAGCGGACUUACCAAUUUAGAAAAUAUGUUAUAUAACAAGUAUGGGCCUGGAAAUCGAAAUAAUGUUUAUAGAGGCCGCCUUAGUAACAGUCAAGAUGAUCUAGACGAUGAUACAGGAUCGUUAUGUGGUGGGGGUGGAGCUACAGGAUAUUACGGUAAUGUAGCAGCUUGGCGUGAUAACACACAAGAUUCAUCAGGAAGUGAAAAUGGAAAAUACGAUGAUGAUAAUUCAGAAAGUCAGCAACGACCUCCAAAUAACACCGUACAGUUUUUGAUUGGAGAUGAAGUGAGUACGCCAGAAAUACGCGAAGAAAAUAUAAAAAGCUCAAAAAUUCGACAACAAUCCAUGCCAUACCAGUUACCACAACCACCUCCACGACGGACCAACAGUGGUAAUAAUAUCCCUCCAGCGGGUCCUAUGGUACGUUCAUACUCUCAAGAUACAAAUAUAGCAACACUAGAAGCGGAACCAACUGCCUUAUCUAAACAAGCUUGCCAUUCAGAAACUUGUUUAGAUAACUCCAAAUCAUCGCCAUCACAACGAUCGCUUCCAAAUAUGCGUAUAAACAAAGCAAUUAUUAAAGAUCAACCACUCACAAUAAACGAUGAUGAUUUUUGCUCAACAGAUUCAUCAAUUGUUGAUGAAGAAAUAAAACGACGAAGACGAAAAAUUCAUUUUCCAGCCUUUGCUAAGAAGAGUAGAUCGAAGGAUUGAAAUCGAAAUAUUUGAUUAAUAUUGAGUGUAUUAUUUUAAAACUUUUUAUAGUGCAAAUAUUUAUAUAGAAUUUCACUUUCAUGGGCCAGGAGGUCAUCAUAAAUUUAUAUAUCAUUUACUAUUGCUAAUUUUAUGUGAUUCUUUUAUCCUUUCGUAUAAGUAGAUCUUCUCAAGCCCACUUCUGUCUGUGAAAUUUUCCUUGCCAUCUUCAAGCCAUAAGAGUAAAGUUAAUCCCUCAAAAGAUAAAACAUAAGAACUUUACAAGAGUCUUGUCAACAAGAGUAAGUAAAACUGAAUACUGAACCUGAGUUUUACUUAAAUAAUAAUUGAAUCUUAUGUAGUCUUUAUUUCCAUUACUAUUUUGAGUAUCGAUAUUUGAAGCCUACUUCAAAUUUGAGUAAUAUACAAAACUACAAUUGAGAAUGCAAAAUAUUGAAAGUUUCUUCAAUCAAGUAAAUGAUGUAUAAACUUGUUACGAUGACCUCCUAAUCUAUCGUGUUUGAUGUCUUGAAAAAUACUUCACUUAGUUUUUUUUUGUUCCAAUGCAACGGAUAACUUUAUCCAAACGAAAUAU